AUGGAAACGGAAUCCCUCUUGCCAAGGUCAAGUUCCGGCGGCCUAAAGGCGAAUUGGCGGCUGAUGCGUUACCGGCGACUCGGUGGGAGUGUCCCAGCCGGGAAAGCGAAGAAGAAGAUGUCGAAGAUGAUUCGGUUGAAAGGAUCAAGGAGGUAUUGGAGGAUCAAGGCGAUCCCAAAGCUGAGUUUGGUGGUUAAGUCGCCAUUGAAGCUAUUGAAUAAGCUAAAGAAUGCUUAUAUUGACUUUAUGCUGAAGUUAUCUGGGAAAGUAGGAGGAAGCUUGAGUAUUAAUGGUGUUGGUGAUAAUGCUUUUGGACAAAAGAGGAUUCCAAAAGCUCGUCAAGUCACACAAAAAUUUUCCAUGAAUGAGUUUGAAGCUAGGCUCAUCUAUGAGAUUUCCAAGGUCUUGGUUGCUUCUCGUGAAUUAAACGCUAUGUAAUAUAUAUAAUCUUCUUCUACUACUUUCUUAUUUGUGCCUUUUGUUCUGUUCAUUUGUUCAUAUAUAUAUUUUUUCUUGAAACAACGUUGGCUGCCAGAGGUUAUACAUAUAUCCCUAAAGGUUCAGGGAUUACCAAUAACUGUUUCUACUUUUCGUUAAUUCUGAGAAAAAGAAACUGAUAUGUUUAUCUCAAAAA